AUGGAAGAAGAUCUCCGGCGUGGCAUACAGUCGCCGUCGCUCUCUUCCGAUCCAGAGUCAUUGCCCGAGUUGACUCCUACUAGCUCCGACUCCUCUGCCAUCACCCUCGACAACACGUCCAAAGAUUUAUCGCAUCAUUACGCGGCCGUUUCGUUUCCGGACCAGUCGACAAGAUGGACAGAUCAGCAGCACAAUCUAUAUCUUAGUUCUUUAGAGGCCUCAUUUGUGAAUGAAUUGCAUCGUUCUAUGCGUUUACGUGGUUGGAGCUUACAAAAUAACACGGAUGAAGCAUAUAAAUGUAGAACUCUGAAAAAUUCUCUUAAUAUGCCUAAGCAGUCUCUGGCUAUACAAGAUGGCUGCCGUAAGAAGAUCAGCCUUGAAAGAAUUGCACCUAUCUUAGAGAGCACGGCUGAUUCUCAUGUUCUUGCAGGAAUUACAUCUGUAGAAAGAGGCUGUAGUUUGAGAGAGUCUAAUACCUAUGACCAGGACUUGCUUUGUGAUGAGGAGAUUCAGGCAAGAGGGAGUGGAACAUUCUCCAACAGUUCAUCAAGAAGUUUGGAGAAGCAACGUAUUUGCUGCUCAUUUCAGCUAGAAUCGGUUUUCAGUACUACAGAUUACAUACAUAUAGUCUCACUAGUACUUACAAUCUUACAAGAUCAAAUUCUUUGUGUUCAGUGA